AUGGUGCGCACGAGCCACGUCAUUUUCGAGAGAGAGGGCAUCCUCUUGGAUUGUCAGGGUGUUCCUACAGGAAGUUGUGGCCAUGUUUUCAAAAAGUAUAAUCGACACUGCCCCCAGGAGCUGCGUAAAAAGUUUAUAGGUGACAACCUCACCUCUUCGGCUGAGGUGCUCUCCGAGGGCCUUUCUACACCCAUUCGAAAAAAUAACUUCCAGGAUAUCCUGCGCAGCGUUCUUGUGGCCGAAAGUUGGAGAGAUACAAAAAUUCGCAGCGGAGUGGUCGACCUAGUACAGUACUUGGAAAGCUGCAAUAUCCCGAUGGCUGUUGUCUCCUCCGUGCGCAGCAGUGCACCACAAAUGCAUUCGCCAAAGUUGGCUAGCCUGUGGACCAAGUUUAACCAUACAAUUUGCUCGGACGACCCGGACGUAAGAUACUUUAUCUGA